AGACGCAGGCGGUGCAAACGUCCUCCGACACCAAGGGAUGUACCACUGAAACCACCGUGUACGAGCAUGAUAUCGCGACUCAGGGCAGGACCUUAAAGGUACAGCUGUUCGACACGGCGGGUCUUGGUGAGGACUCUAAGGGAACGGUCCCCAACAAGCGCGCCAAGAAGUCCCUUAAUUCUCUUAUGAAGAAAGGGAGCAUUCAUCUCCUCGUGUACUGUGCACAGAGCGCACAGGACCCCUCGGCGCUCCAACGCAAUUACAAGUUAUUGUCCAAAGUCAAGAGAAAUGUUCCUAUCGUCCUUGUUGUUACAGGUCUGGAAAACCAACAACCGGAAAUGGAAGAUUGGUGGAGGAUUAACGAGACAUCCAUCUCAGACCUCGGGAUGAACUUUGCUGGCCACGCGUGUAUUACCGCGCUGACCAUGAAUGAAGAUGAUACAGAUGGGGUCAAGCAGCGCCACGAACAGUCAUACCGCGCUGUCUGCAACCUUAUCGAACAGCGUUACCUGCAGAAUGUGACGAGGGUUCACAGUGUGCCUACUAUUCCUCCUGCAAGGCAGACUAAAAACAUCGUACUCUUCGGGGAGGCGGGUGCAGGCAAAAGCUCAGUCGUCAACCUCAUGGCAGGAGAGGAGGUAGCGGUCACAUCUCUUAGCAUGCGAAGGUGUACGCUCAACUGGCAAGACUAUACCAUCCACUUCGGUGGAAAGUCUUAUAAGGUGUUCGAUACUACUGGCAUAGAGGAAUCGGGACUCGAAAAAGAAGAGUACCUCACCGCAGUCGCAAACGCCUAUAUGUUUAUCAAGGCGUUGGAUGCAGAAGGCGGCGUUGACCUACUCCUGUUCUGCGUUCGCGCCGGCCGAUUCACCGCUGCGCUUCAGAGCAAUUACAGAUUCUUUUAUGAAUUCCUCUGUGAGAAGAAGGUUCCCAUUGUUCUCGCAAUUACGAACCUCGAAAGAGAGCAGAGGAUGGAGGACUGGUGGGAGCGAGAACAUGGCAUCUUCACUCGAUAUCAGAUCCACGUCGCCGGCCAUGCAUGCAUAACCGCGGUCAAUGGAUCACCUGGCAGGCACCAGCAACGUUAUGAAGAUUCGCGUGUCGCGAUCCGCAAACUUGUCGAGGAGAAGAUCGCUAGCGAGGGAUGGGGGGGGGGGAGGAUCAAGUUCAUGAUGUUGGUGCGUGCACUGAAGAAGAUUUCUGUAAAGAGUCUGCAUAUCAAAAAGAGGACUCUUGCCAGUCAGCUCAAGGAGCGUUGCGGCAUGUCUGGAGAAACCGCAAGACAGUUGGCCGAUAUGAUCGAGCAAGGGGAGGCCACAGCAACUACUUGCGGAUCGUCCUUUGAUACAUGA